AUGGGGAUCUAUGUGGCCCCUGGAUCUCACAGGGCAGAUGUGUCCUGCACAGGCUCUGGUGUAGGUGUUAGGAAUGCUGUUGCUCUUGCUGAUAAGCAAACUUCAGGUGCUAUUCAGACAGUGACCUCUAUUCAGCACACACUUAAGGAUCCGAUCAUGCGGAAGGCUAGUGUGCUAAUAGAAUUUCUGCUGGAUAAGUUCAAGAUGAAAGAGGCAGUUACACGGAGUGAAAUGCUGGCCAUAGUGAACAAGAAGUAUAAGGAACAGUUCUCUGAGAUCCUCCGUAGAACCUCUGCACGCCUAGAGCUAGUCUUUGGUCUUGAGUUGAAGGAAAUAGAUCCCAGCACUCAGUCCUAUAUGCUGGUGGGUAAACUGGGUCUCUCCACUGAGGGAAGUCUGAGUAGCAAUUGGGGGUUGCCCAGGACCGGUCUCCUGAUGUCUGUUUUGGGUGUGAUCUUCAUGAAGGGCAAUCGUGCCACUGAACAAGAGGUCUGGCAGUUUCUGAAUGGAGUAGGGGUAUAUGCUGGGAAGAAGCACUUAAUCUUUGGGGAGCCCCAAGAGUUCAUAAACAAAGAUCUAGUGCAGGAAAAGUACCUGGAGUACCGCCAAAUUCCUGGCAGUGAUCCACCAUGCUAUGAGUUCCUGUGGGGACCCAGAGCCCAUGCUGAAACCACCAAGAUGAAAGUUCUGGAAGUUUUAGCUAAGGUCAGUGGCACUGUCCCUAGUGCCUUCCCUAAUCUCUACCAGUUGGCUCUUAGAGAUCAGGCAGGGGGAAUAAGAAGGAGAGGUCAAGGUAGGGCUGGCACCGUUGUCAAAGCCAGGAUACAAUCCAAGACUCUGUAG